UGUUUGCACACUGGCUGCACGGUAAUGACGUUCAAUCAACUCCAAAGCAAGGAAGGACAACACUGCUCCGAGAAGAGUUUCAGCAUUUUAGAAUUACUCAGCAAAGUUUUCUGUUCACUUUUUAUUUACUUUUAAAUUGAGUAGUCUUUGGGUGCUUUUUUUUGUCCUUUUCAAUUGUGAGGGAUUCCCUUCAGCUGUGACGUUCUCUUGCGCGUCAUGUUUAAAUCUAAUAAGGAUCCUGAGAAGUUUGGUCUGGUAUCUGAUGACAAGCAUAAAAGUAACUACAGUAAUCUGGGAAGCCUCCAGGAACUGAAUCAAGGUGGUGUCAAACAUUGCCAUGACAACAGCCACGCGCAGGAAGACCGUGCGAGAGAGAAGAAAGUCGCCAGCAAGAGGUUGUAUGUGGUGUCUGUCGUCUGCCUGAUUUUCAUGAUUGGUGAAAUCCUUGGGGGAUAUUUUGCAGGAAGCCUUGCAGUGAUGACCGAUGCCGCACAUCUGCUUGUGGACUUCACCAGCUUCAUCAUCAGCCUGUUGUCCCUUUGGCUCUCCUCCAGACCGCCGACGCACAAACUCAGCUAUGGCUGGCACCGUGCAGAAAUCCUGGGUGCAUUGCUGUCAGUGUUCACCAUCUGGCUGGUAACAGGAGUGUUGGUUUAUUUGGCCGUGGAACGCCUCAUCAGCGACGAUUACACUAUCGAGGGCACCGUCAUGCUCAUUACAUCCGGCUGCGCUGUUCUGGCCAAUAUUAUUAUGGCCUUCACCCUACAUCAGUCUAACCAUGGGCACAGUCAUGGAGGGCUUUCUUCACAUGGCCACAGUCACAAAAAAAGCAAAGGAGACUCCCAGAUUUCCAAUCACAGCCAUUCCACUGACAAUCGUGUCGACGUAGAGCAGAGUGGAGACAAUCACGGGAUUCGAACGCAGCAGGCCAACGCCAGUGUGCGUGCAGCUUUUGUGCAUGUCGUGGGAGAUCUUCUCCAGAGCCUCAGCGUGCUCGUCAGCGCCAUCAUCAUCUUCUUCAAGCCAGAAUACAAGAUAGCGGACCCUAUCUGCACAUUCCUGUUCUCCAUCUUAGUUUUGUGCACCACCUUUGCUAUCCUGAGAGAUAUUCUGAUUGUCUUGAUGGAAGGUGCCCCAGCGGGGGUCAGGUAUGGCGAGGUCAGGGAUGGUCUGCUGGCAGUGAAAGGGGUCACGGCGGUCCACAACCUUCACAUCUGGGCCCUCACCGUCAACCAGGCUGUGCUGUCUGCCCAUGUGGCUAUAGAUGAAUCUGUGGACGCUCAGACAGUUCUGCGAGAGAUGACGCAGGCCUGUUACGCCUCUUAUACGUUCCAUUCGGUCACCAUCCAAAUGGAACGACAGGCUGACCUGAAACCUGGUUGCACCUUGUGUGAAGACCCAAAGAUGUAGAACGCUUUUCUACUAUGACUGACUUUUGAUGGUUCUGCAAUACUCUGUUUUCAAAAAUUGCAAUGCUAAGAGAGACCGCAUAUUUUCUAAUCCAAGUGUAUCUCUCUGUGUUUGUUUUAUGUAAUUGUUU